AUGCUGUCAAGGACCAGAUUAAGCAACCGUUUAAAUGCCAUUGUAUGAGGAGUGAGACUCAACUCUAGAUAUAGUCUAUUGAGAUCACACAACGUCACUUGAACUUCAGCCCAGUGUGACAACGGUGUCGCAGGAACUUCACAGUCACUAAACACCGAGCGCAAGCAACACAUUACAUAAGUGAAGGCGAAACAUGGAAUAUGAGGGAGUUGCGAGCAGUUCACGUGGAAAACAGAAAAUAAAUCGAUGUCUUCUUAUUGGUAUAAUUACGUUCCUUGCGUUCGCGAUUAUUCUGGCAUUUGUGUUAGUGUAUACACUGAAGAAAGAACACGGCCCGAGAGAAACUGUGUUGAGCAGAUGCCAGCGCUAUUUGGACGCCAACCCAUCAGCGUCGAGUGUCAAUGACUGUGAGAGAAUAUGGAGUGUGUUCGAACAAGCGUAUGUAGGAAAGGACCCAUGUGAUGUCGCUCCUGAAGCUUAUGAUCCUUUGAUAAAGGCUGUUCAACAAAAAGUACCCUGCAAUGAAAAUCUAUUCUGGAGCAAAACAAAUGAAAUGGCCCAUGCUUUGACAAAGAAUAGAAACUGCUUGAUGACUUUGGAGGACACGUUGUUGGGCUUCAUGUUCAAUGGACUUACCUGGUGCAGCAAGAAUGGAAGCAAAGAAACAUUCACCACAGGUUGUCCUGGUUGGAUGGAGUGUAUUAAUCCGAUGCGCUCUUUUUGGAUCAGGGCCUCUGCUAACUUUGCUGCUACUGCCUGUGGAAAUGUGUCUGUCAUGCUUAAUGGAUCCAUAAAUUCUCCUUUCAACCCAGACAGUAUAUUUGCAAGUGUUGAAAUGCAGAACUUUAACCCUGCCACAAUGGACAGCCUCAGGGUUCUUCUUGUCACCAAGGAAACUGACAUGAUGACAUGUUCUAAUAAGUCAUUGAUGGAUCUUCAAACGCUACUCAGUUCUGGUCCUCUACGUGCAGUUACUUAUACAUGCAGAGUCAUUCCUCAUGCAAAAGUCAAGAACUGCAUUGAUGACCUGGAGAUUCCUUGUAGUGACUGCUGGUAAACUCAUUCAGUCGUCAUGGGAAUGAUGGAUCUUAGAGGAACUCAACCAAUAAACAGAGGAGGAUAACCUUACAUCUAGGAGGUCUAUUCCCAAAAUUAAAAUGAUAUCUGUGGGUAACUAAUGUACAAUACAAACAGGAUCAUGUGCUUUAAGAAUUCUCCAACACAAUGCAAAAUAACACAUUUCCAGUACCAUUUAAUUCCAACUAGAUUUGAAUUUAAUGUUUCUAUUUUCUCUUCCUUUUUAAAAUUUAUUUUGCCAUUAACCAUUUCACAUGUCAAAAUAACACAUCUAAAAUCACAACAUAACAUUAUCAGCCAUGACAAACUUGCAUUUUUAUGGGGUACCAUUCAUGCCAAACUGUAACUUUUCUUUUAUAUGAUGCAUUUCAUAAUGUUUUUGUUCUCUGGCUGUCUGGAUUAUUAAACUGUUUAUGUUUAUGGGAUUUUCUUUCCCAGUGGUCAUUGUUCAUGUUGUACCCAGUCAUGAAUGGUAACCCUUUUAUAUACUCUUUUUUUUUUUUUUCUUAAUGGGACUGUUAUGUACAUGAAAAUGUCUAAUGUUCAUUUAUUGUAUGUUGUGCUAAGCUUGAGGUAUACUGUGAAAUUUUGUUUAAAAAACAAGCACUUAGACAAUACACAACAUUUUCACAUUAAAACAUUUUUCUAACUAAAACCUGGCUUAAACCAGAUUAAUAUAUUAGUGAAAAUGAGUCUUCUCCCCCAGGUCAUUGUUAUAAACUUGAGCCUCGCCUGAAGGGUCAAAGAAGAGGUGAAGCUUCAAUUUAUAGUUAUGUUUUGUUUACUGAGAGAUCAGGAUACAAGUUUUGUAGUCUUUUGAAGUGAUAGUGCUUGAUGUGACAUCGUCUGAUAUAAAUAAAUAAACACAUAAAGUCUCUACUGUGGCAAUAUCUCCUCCUUCCCGAGCAUCGGCACCAAUGUAAGGGUAAAAGGGAAAGGAGGAGGCAAGAACUGGAAAAAACAUAAACACAUACAGGGCAGCUGCCUGUAGCUCUCUCUCUUCUUUAUCCCUCUUGUUGACUUGAUUAGCCUGAUUAGGUGCCGGACAUGCGUCAUCACGGCCCGGCCCGGCCCUCCUCCUUGCCACAGUCUCAUAGUCUUCCCAGCGUGCAACUUCAGUCAUUCGCAGUUAUAGGUCAGGAAAAGCUUGCAAAUUGUAUAGUUGAAGUCAGAACAUACACCUUAGUCAAAUACAAUACUGUGCAAAAGUCUUGUGCACAUAAGAUGUUUCACAAAAGCAUUUGUCUUAAGAUAUUUAUUUAUAUCUUCAGCUUUAGUGUGUCAAUAGGAAAUAUAAAUGUUAGACUCCCAAACAUUACUUUGGGUGUAUGUACAUUACAGAUGUCAUGGCAUCUACAAAGCCCCCCCACUGAACAUCGUGUCAGUUGGAGAUUACAUAAAGAGACAGAAGCAAUUGAGACUAAAUAGAUAGAAGAACUGUGGUGAAUUCUCCAAGAAGCUUGGAACAUCCUAUCUGCCAACAACCAAGAAAAACUGUGUCCAGGUGUAUCUACGAGAAUUUGUGCUAUUGCAAAGGCAAAGGUGGUCACACCGAAUAUUGAUUGAUAUUUUUUAUGUUUACUGGACUUUGUAUGACAUUAAGUGAUAAAUGUCAUUAUUUUUGAAGACAUCCUCACUAUGAAACAUUUUUCACAAGUGCCGAAAACAUUUGCACUGUACUGUACAUUUAAACACAGUUUUUCACUAUUUAUCGGAUUGAGGUUAGGGCUUAGUGAUAGCCACACCAAUACAAAGAACUUUGUUAUCCUUAAUCCAUUUUGCCACAACUUUGGAGGUAUGCUUGGGGUCAUUGUCCAUUUGGAAGAUCCAUUUGCAACCAAGCUGUAACUUCCUGGCUAAUGUCUUGAGAUUUUGCUUCAAUUUAUCCAAAUACUUUUCCUUCCUCAUGAUGCCAUCUAUUUUGCGAAGUGCACCAGUCCCUACUGCAGCAAAGCACCCCCAUGCUUCACAGUUGGGAUGGUGUUCUUUUGCUUGCAAGACUCACCCUUUUUCCUCCAAACAUAAUGAUGGUAAAUAUGUCCAAACAGUUACAUUUUUAUUUCAUCAGACCAGAAGACAUUUCUCCAAAUAGUAAGAUAUUUGUCCCCAUGUGCACUUGCAAACUGUAGUCUGGCUUUUUAUGGCUGUUUUGGAGCAGUGACUUCUUCCUUGCUGAGCAGCCUUUCAGGUUAUGUCGAUAUAGGACUCGUUUUUCUGUGGAUAUAGAUACUUGUCUUCACUAUGUCCUUUGCUGUUGUUCUGGGAUUGAUUUGCACUUUUUGCACCAAAUUACAUUCAUCUCUAGGAGACAGAAUGCAUUUCCUUCCUGAGUGGUGUGAUGGCUGCUUGGUCCCAUGGUGUUUAUACUUGCGUACUAUUGUUUGUACAGAUGAAGAUGGUACCUUUAGGUGUUUGGAAAUUGCUCCCAAGGAUGAAUCAGACUUGUGGAGGUCCAGAAUUUUGUUUAUCUGAGGUCUUUGCUGAUUUCUUUUGAUUUUCCCAUGAUGUCAAGCAAAUAAGCACUGAGUUUGAAGGUAGGCCUUAAAAUAAAUUCACAGGUACAUUCAGAAGCUAAUUGGCUAAUUGCCUAAAGGCAUUCUCCUUUUCUGGAAUUUUCCAAGCUGCUUAAAGGUACAGAUAACUUAGUGUGUGUAAUCUUCUGACCCACUAGAAUUUUGAUAAAGUCAAUUAAACUGUCUGUAAACAAUUGUUGAAAAAAAUGCACAAAGUAGAUGUACUGAAGACUUGCCAAAACUAUAAUUUGCUAAUAUAAAAUCUGUGGACUGGUUAAAAAUUAAGUGUAUGUAAACUUCUGACUUCAACUGUAUUAAAGCAUCAAAAGCAACAACAUGUAUGUUUGACCCCAUACCUAUUAAGCUCCGGAAAAAGGUUUUCCCCUUCUGUCACUCACUCAACGUUGUGUCGAUUGUAGUGACACAAGGGGUCUCGCGUACCUCUGAACUUGAGAAAAGGCCAAUGUCAAAUUGGCAGACAGAAUUUGCAUGUCCCGCCUCCAGCGAGCUGUGUGUCAUGACUGCUUCACCCACCUCUGUAAGAGAGCUUUCUGUUGGAUCUGACGGCGCAUUCCAGCGGGCUGCGGUACCCAAAUUAGCAAUAAAGAGCAAUUUCCUCACUUCCUGGGUCAUCAGACCGGUGGGCGCCUUUCUCACGGCACCCCGCCACCAAAACUUUGCAGUCCAGGCUCCCCGGACUCGGCCACCUCGCUUCCGGACCCACGACUGCCCAGCCCCGGCAGGCCAGGGCUGACGAGUCUCAAAGACGUCCCUACAGGACCGCCUCCUCUGUCUAUAACCCGCCCCUGCCGGGUGCACGGAGCAAGGUAAGUGCUUUGAGUUUUUCUCAGCACCCAAGCCUCGGGAUGCACUUUUGCCUCCCGACGCACUAUUACCUGCUCCCCCCGGCGCGAGGCCCCACCCGGUACGUCCAAAACGAUCGUCCUGUUAGUGCCCCUCACACAGAGCUUAGAUGCAUGGCUUGCGCUUCCCAGCUCAUAGCGAUGGCUGGCCAGGACCAUCCGACUCGGCUACACGAUUCAAUUCACCAGGCUCUGGACUCGUUUCAGCGUUAUUCGCUCAACCCCAAUACGUGGCGAAAACACCAGCACUUUACGAGCAGAGAUUGCCACUCUGCUACUCAAGGACGCGAUAGAGCCUGUCCCUCCAGCCGAGAUGAAGAAGGGUUUCUAAAGUCCUUACUUCAUCAUACCAAAAAAAAGGCAGUGGGUUUCUGCCAAUCUUGGACUGCAAGUCCUCAACCGGACUUUACACAGACUCCCAGUGCUCAGUGCUCACGUGCCUCACUUUCUUCAAGCCAGGCACAGCGGUUCCUCUCAAACGGUUCCAGAGGCUCCUGGGGCAUAUGGUAUCCUCAGCUGCGGUCACACCGCUCAGGUUGAUGCAUAUGAGACCACUACGGCUCUGCCUUCAGACUCGAGUCCCGAGAUGGGCCUGGCGCCACGGCACAUACUGUGUGUUUAUCACCCCUUCUUGCCGUCACACUUUCAACCCUUGGACAGACCUCUGUUUUCAGCAGGUGUCCAGAUGUGUCAUGGUCACCACAGAUGCCUCUCAACUGGGCUGGGCUGAGCUGGGCCGUGUGCUAUGGGCACGCAGCUGCUGGCUCCUGGACGGGGCCCCGCAAGCAUUGGCACAUAGAGUGCCUCGAGUUGUUGGCUGUACUCCUUGCCCUGCGGAGGUUUCUCCCGCUGAUUUGGGGCAAGCACGUCUUGAUCCAUUCAGACAGCACCACCACGGUAGGAUACAAAAAUCUUCAAGGCGGCGUACGCUCCCAUCACAUAUCACAACUCGCCCGCCAUCUCCUCCUUUGGAGUCAGCCACGACUCAGGUCGCUGCUCACAUCCCGGGUGACCAAACACGAUGUGGACACGCUGCUGUGACAGGUCUCACUCAGCGGAGAGUGGAGGCUCCACCCCCAGGUGGUCCAGCUGAUUUGGGACCACUUCGGGAGGAUAGAUCAGAUAGAUCUCUUUGCCUCCCAAGAUAACUCCCACUGCCCGCUCUGGUACUCCCUAAUGGAGGCCCCUCUUGGCACAGACGCAUUUCCCCCAGUGAUCCCUCUUGCACUGGUGCUGUGCAAGGUCAGGGUGGACAAGGAACAGGUCACCUUGGUGACUCCUUAUUGGCCCACCCGGACCUGGCUCUCGGAUCUAACACUCCUCGCGACAGCACCUCCCUGGCAAAUUCCCCUGAGGAAGGACCUUCUUUCUCAGGGACGGAGCACCCUCUGGCACCCGCUGCCAGACCUCUGGAAUCUCCACAUCUGGCCCCUGGACGGGACGCAGAAGACUUAAGUGGUCUAACACCUGCAGUCGUAGACACGAUCAACCAAGCCAGAGCUCCCUCUACCAGGCAGCUUUGUUCACAAAUUGGUGUUCUUCCAGAUCUGAAGACCCGCAGAGAUGCGCAGUUCGGUCAGUGCUUUCAUUCCUGUAGGAGAGUUUGGAGGGGAGGCUGUCCCCCUUCACCUUGAAGGUGUAUGUCUAUCGCAGCCCACCACAACGCAGUAGACGGUAAGUCUCUUUGUAAGCACAACUUGAUUAUCAAGUUCCUUAGAGGCGCCUGGCCAAGACUGUUCCCCUCCUGGGAUCUCCAGUCAGCCUUCAGAGCCCCCUUUCUAGCCGCUUGAUUCAGUCGAGCUCAAAGCCAUCUCCUUGAAGACAGCCCUCCUGAUCAUGCUUGCUUCCAUCAAGAGGGUUGGGGACCUGCAAGCGUUCUCUGUCAGCGACACUUGCCUGGAGUUUGGUCUGGCAGAUGCUCACGUCAUCCUAAGACCGCAACCGGUCUACGUGCCCAAGGUUCCUAUGACCCCCUUCAGGGACCAGGUGAAUCUGCAAGCGCUGCCUCGGUAGGAGGCAGACCCAGCCUCUUCGUUGCUGUGUCUGGUACGUGCUUUGCAUAUCUACAUGGACUGCAUGCAGGGCUUUAGAUGCUCUGAGAAGCUCUUUGUCUGCUUUGGCGGACGGCGGAAAGGGAACGCCUUCUCCAAACAGAGGUUAGCUCAUUGGGUUGUUGAUGCUAUUUCCCUAGCCUAUCACAACCAGGCUCUCGCUUCCUGGAUGCUCUUGCUCCCUAGCUCUCUGGCCGCAGAUUCAGCAGAGGAAUUCGCCGCCAGACCCACCACGAGUCAAGUGCUCCGUGUUGGGCUUGGGCUCCACAGGCCCCCUGCUGGUAGGACCCGCAUCUCCCUCGGGCAGUCCUCGCUUUCCCCAGUCGCCUUGCCAGACGGCAGGAGGGUGAAGAGUUUGUGUGAGGGGUGUGUGGGGUCGUUCACAUUGCUGGUUGCUUUGCGGAUGCAGUGUUUUGUGUAAAUGUCUUUGAUGAAUGGAAGAGAGACCCCGAUGAUCUUCUCAGCUGUCCCCACUAUCCUCUGCAGGGCUUUGCGGUCCGAAACGGUGCAAGUCCCAAACCAGGCUGUGAUGCAGCUGCUCAGGAUGCUCUCAAUAGUCAAGAAUAAUAGAAAGAAUAGGAAUGGGAAAGGACGCCUUCCCCGAUGCAUCUGUAGCAUUAAGAUGCUGCGUUUUUGACGAGAAACAUAGAGAGAAAAAAGGCCGGCUGGUUCCUAUACAAGUCAUGUCGCCUGUUCCUGUACAGGUACUGGGAAACUAAGAGCGGUAUAUGACACCUUUUAUUAGGGGCAUUUGGGAGGGUUACGUGCAGCCGAUCCAGUUUCUAGCACGCAACAGCUUGCUUGCACCUGGCUCAGCAGUCACAUAACACGGGUUAGUGCAUGGCGUUUUGAAGUGGGGCCCCUUAUGUCACUACAAUCGACACAACGUUGAGUGAGUGACAGAAGGGGAACAUCAAGGUUACUGUUGUAACCUCCAUUACCCGAUGGAAGGAACGAGACGUUGUGUUCCUCUUGUCACGUCACUCUCCCUACCACUGUAAUGUGCCAUAACCUUACUCUCGGCUCUUCAGUGAAAACCUGUCUGACAGACACUCGCCCACUCCCCUUUAUACCCGUAUGUCCCUGGACAUGCAAAUUCUGUCUUCCAAAUUGACAUUGGCCUUUUCUCAAGUUCAGAGGUACGCAAGUCUCUCAGACGAGACCCCUUGUGUCACUACAAUCAACACAACGUCUCGUUCCUUCCAUCGGGGAAUGGAGGUUACAACAGUAACCAUGACGUUUCCUAUAAUCUCAGAACCUCUUCUUAACAUUAUCUCCUCACUUCAGUCAGAAUUUAGACCCCAUCAUAAUACAGGGACUGCACUUAUCAGAGUUUAAGUCAGGACAACAGUUAUGUUGAAUAGUCAACAUAAAGUUUAAUGUAAACUCAACAUAAAACAAACAUAAACACACACAUGCAGUGCAGCCAUGUGAGUCACUCUCCCUCAAACUGGCAUCUCCAGCUGGCCUUUAUCUCACUCUCCUGCUGAUCAGAUGUUUAGUGCUGGCUGUGCACCAUCACGGCCUGGCCACACCCACCUGCUCAUCACAAACAUGUUGAAGAUAGGAAUUUCAAAUGGCCAAUUCAAUUAUAGUCUUAGAGCACAGAGCAAUAAUACAGAUGUAGAGAAAACUAUGCAAAGCUGCCAUCCAAGUGGUGGAGCUGGAGACGGAGAAGGAUGUCAAGUGCAGCUUGCAUCCAUGCAGUGGAAAGGCAGCUAAAACAUUGCAUAUACACUACCGGUCAAAGGUUUUGAAACACUUACUCAUUCUUUAUUAUAUUUUUUUUCUUCACAUUUUAGAUUAAUAAUAAAGUCAUCAAAACUAUGGAAUAACAGAUAUGAAACAAUGGGAAUUAUGUUGUAUCUUUAGCAUCUUCACAGUAGUCACCCUUUGCCUAGAAUUUGCAGACAUGUACUCUUGACAUUUUCUCAAGCAACUUCUUGAGGUAUCACCCUGGGAUGCUUUUUAAACAGAAUUGAAGGAGUUCCCAUCUAUACUGGGCACUUAUUGGCUGCUUUUCUUUAUUAUUUGGUCCAAGUCAUCCAUUUUUUAAAUAGAAUUUUAGUUUUAUAAUGAAAUAAAUUAAUAUGGUGGCACAAUUAUAUUUUUGUCUACAAAACUAAUUUCAAACAUUUAAGCAUACGCCUUCAGAUCAAAAGAUUUUUAAGAUCAUGAGAAACAUUUCAGUCAAGUGUUUCAAAAGUUUUGACCGGUAAUGUGUCUGUGUUUCUAUCAGACACUCGAGCUGCAGACAGCGGGGGUGAGAGACGAGCGUCUCCGUGUUAAGAGUGCGCAUCAGCCGGCGGAACUUUAAAUCUCCCGGUCACGACUCCCGCUCAGAUUGGGUCUCUUCCGCGACUGGUUGAAGCAGCUCUGACCGCACAGAGAAUGCAGUUUUGGAGUUUGAGCUUAUUUACAUGUCACGCUCCCAUAUUAUGUUAACUUAAAUUAUUGAUGAAAUAAAGAAAUACUUUAUUUGUACUGUGAUAUGUGUUUGUGUUAUUUUUUCUGGCCACCAGUUCAGUGUCGGUCUGCUCAGCAUUCAUCUUCACUUGAUUUCCUCGCUGAACACCGGAAACUCACAUGACCACACAUGCCACUCUGUAAACUGAGACUAACUGGUCAUCUUUUUAUAAGCGGUGUAGAAAAUGGGCAAGCAGCUCUCAGAGAGAAUGGGCUGUCACAUCCCCACAUCCACUUAUUUAUUUAAUAUAAUCGCAGCAUUUGCCGUCAUAUAAUCGCACAGGCUGACAUCGAGAUUGCGAUAUGAUUAAUCGUGCAGCACUAGUAUCCAUAUAAUCUACACAUUUUUUUUCUAUUACAGGACAGCAGUUGCCAACAACGGCAUGUGGGAUCAUGGCAGGGAGUUUUACUUGACCCUGUACAUGCAAGAAAAGCUGUCUCAAAACAGACAUAACGUCAACAGGCUAACUUAUGUACAGACAACUUCUUCAAGGAACCUUCGUGUGGAAAGAAUUUGGCCAGAGGUCAAUAAUCGGGUGAAUUAGCCCUUAAAACGGGCCCUGGUUCACCUGCUGGAUCAAUAGUUACUCGACAUGAAGGAUAAUGUAACCAAAUUUUGUGUCUCUAACCUGGCAUGUCAAGUGAGUCAGAUUGGACUUGGCAAAGUUGUGCAGUCCUGGAAUGCCCAUAGAAUACCAGGCAGAGGGAUACCAAACCAUCUUGCAGCUGGUAGUUGUCCAGCAAGAAUCCCCACAGUCCUGCUGCCCAAUGCUGCAGAGGCAGCACACAUGUAUGAGCAGGAGAUGGGGUCCUCCCUGACUUGGGUAUCUGUCUUUGUCUCUGACCCGUUUUUGUCAGAGCAAGACCGAUGUCGUGCUGAGCAGCUGUUUGGAGAGAGGUUUCCAGACAUGUCUCUUCUUUUUGGAACAGUGGUUAACAAUGACCAUAGUGUGUUUCAGGAGGUACUGUUCUACCUGAUCAGUAUUACAGAAAGACAUGCAAGAUAAAUAUAUGUGGGGGGAUAUGUCAAACUAGGCAUAUGUAUAUAUUUGUACAGAGAUUUGUGACAAACUGAUUUUGUAAGCUCAAUUGCAGAUGAAUAAA